CUCUGCGGCCGCGUCGGGCGGGGUCUCCGGGUUUGCGACGCGCGACAGGCGGCCCUGCCCUCCUGUCAAAACCUGUCAUCAUCGCCCCGGAGCGGCCGCGCCGGGGCAAGAUGCUGCCGCCUGGCGGGGGCCUGCUCUGGCUUGGCCUGGUCCUGGGCUCUGUCGGAUCCGCGGCGCUGGGCAACUCGGCCACAGAUGCUCUGAAUGUCCUUCUAAUCAUCGUGGAUGACCUACGCCCCUCCCUGGGUUGUUACGGGGACAAACUCAUAAGGUCCCCAAACGUGGACCAGCUGGCCUCCCACAGCCUCCUCUUCCAGAAUGCCUUUGCCCAGCAAGCCGUGUGCGCCCCGAGCCGCGUGUCCUUGCUCACCGGGAGGAGACCAGACACUACCCGCCUAUAUGACUUCAACUCCUACUGGAGGGCACACUCUGGAAACUUCUCCACCAUCCCCCAGUACUUCAAGGAGAAUGGCUACGUGACCAUGUCGGUUGGAAAAGUCUUUCAUCCUGGAGUAUCUUCCAAUCAUAGUGAUGAUUCUCCAUAUAGCUGGUCUAUUCCACCUUAUCAUCCCUCCUCUGAAAAGUAUGAAAACACCAAGACCUGUAGGGGACCAGACGGAGAACUCCAUGCCAACCUGCUGUGCCCUGUGGAUGUGGCAGAUGUGCCCGAGGGCACCCUGCCUGACAAGCAGAGCACCGAGCAAGCCAUACGGUUGUUGGGAAAGAUGAAAACAUCUGCCAGUCCUUUCUUCCUGGCUGUGGGCUAUCAUAAGCCGCACAUCCCCUUCAGAUACCCCAAGGAAUUUCAGAAGCUGUAUCCCUUGGAGAACAUCACCCUGGCUCCCGAUCCCCAGGUCCCUGCCGGCCUCCCUCCUGUGGCCUACAACCCCUGGAUGGAUGUCCGACAGCGGGAGGAUGUCCAAGCCUUAAACCUCAGCGUGCCCUACGGCCCGAUCCCCGCCAACUUUCAGCGGAAAAUCCGCCAGAGCUACUUUGCCUGUGUUUCGUAUUUGGAUACGCAGGUUGGCCACCUUUUGAGUGCUCUGGACGAUCUUCAGCUGGCCAGCAGCACGAUUGUGGCGCUCACCUCGGAUCACGGGUGGGCUCUAGGCGAACACGGAGAAUGGGCCAAAUACAGCAAUUUUGACGUCACUACUCGCGUGCCCUUGAUGUUCUACGUUCCAGGAAGGACGGCUCCACUUCCGGCGGCAGGCGACAAGCUUUUCCCAUACCUCGACCCCUUUGAUUCCAUCUCAGAAUCAGUGGAGCCAGGCCGGCAAGUCGGGGACCUCGUGGAACUGCUCUCUCUCUUCCCCACGCUCGCGGGACUGGCAGGGCUGCGCGUCCCUCCUCACUGCCCCAUCCCCUCGUUUCACGUGGAGCUGUGCCGAGAAGGCCGGAACCUUCUGAAGCAUUUUCAGGUCCGUGACUCGGAAGAGGAACCAUACAUCCGUGGCAAUCCCCGUGAGUUGGUGGCCUAUAGCCAGUACCCCCGGCCUGCAGACUCUCCUCAGUGGAAUUCUGACAAGCCGAGUUUAAAAGAUAUAAAGGUCAUGGGCUAUUCCAUACGCACAGUAGACUAUAGGUAUACUGUGUGGGUUGGCUUCAAUCCCCGGAAAUUUCUGGCUAACUUUUCAGACGUCCAUGCAGGGGAACUGUAUUUUGUAGCUUCUGACCCUUGGCAGGAUCACAAUAUGUAUAAUGACUCCCAAGGUGGAGCCCUUCCCCGAUCGUUGAUGCCUUGAGUUUUGCCAACCGCAGAGGGCAUAUAUAACACUCUCCUGUCCAGCUGGUGAGAGAAGGAAUUACACUGGUUAUUUCGUGAUUACCUGUAAUAUUGGAAGCAACCCCAGGGGUAGGAAGUCAAAACAGGCGUCAACAAUUUGGCCUAAGAAUAUGUAACAGCCGAAACUUUUGAUUUGUCUUUAUAAUUGGUAAUUGGACUGGGCUGAACCUCUUCUUUCCUUUUUUUUGGAACAGUCAUAGCUUAUUUGUUGAAUUAAUAAGUACAGAGUGAGCAAACUAAAAUUGUCAUAACUUUAGCUAUCAAGAUCAUAAUAACUGAACAUAACACUGUACUCAAGGAAUACUUUACGUAUUUGUGAAAUUUAGUGCAUCUCAAAACGUAACUACAUGUCAAAUUAGGUUUGAAACAAAGUUCCUAGUUCUUUUGUUUAUAAUUUAAUAAUAUAUCUUAUUUAGCCCAAUAUAUUCAAAAUAUAUCAACAUGUAAUCUAGGUUUCUUUUUAAAAAGUAAAGUUAAAUAAUAUUGCUAGAUGCCAAUGCCUUAAAGUCUAGCUUCAGUUUUUCUAAGAUUGCAAAUUUUCAAAUCCAAAAAUAAAAUACGCAUGAAGUGAUUAAUAUGGAAUUUCUACAUCAAAUAAUAAAUAAUGCUCACUAAACUAGAGGCAUGAGAUGUAUGAGAAAUUUGGUUAAAAUUUUUCAGAGACUUUCUGGCCCAAAUAAUAAUUUGUUAGCAAGUAAUAUGACCUUUGAACCCAAAGGCAUCUAUUAAAAGGCAUCUUUAUUCACAGUGGAAAAUAGUUACAGGCAUAAGUGUAUCCAUGAAUUGAGUCAUUCAAAACCAUUAGUGUUCUCCUUCUCUAGAGAUGGCUGGUUGCAAACAUCCAUUUAUCCAGGAGACAGGAAAUAGUCUACUUGUUAAGUGCUGGUUAAAGACAACAUUAAUUUUAUUAAAUUCUAAAUUAUUUUGAGAACUGUGAAAACUUUUCAUUAAUAUAAUAUUAGGUGAUUUCUAAUCCCCCAGAAUGUGGUUCUAUAUUCCCUAAAUAUGAAAGUAACCAGAAAGGUAGGUGGUAGUAAUAAGCUUAGCCUAGGUCAUCUUUAAAAUGAUGGAAUAUUCACAGGUCAUAUUCACAACACGUUGAAGUUGAUUAAUUAUCAGUAGUCACCAGAAGAGGCAAGCACUCUCUUAAUAAACAUCUAAUGUAGUCCUGUAUCAAAGUAGCUUUCAGUAAUUCUUUGUUUACAAGUGCUGCUUUGGUAUUUAAAUAUUUGUGAAACCAAGUAUGGCAAAUUAAGUUACUGCACUGUGUUAAAUUGUAAACAAAAAGGCAAGAUAUUAUAAGAUUACUUCAAAUCAGUAAAAUUUCAAAUACAGAUUUUUUUUUUUUUUUACUGAUUAGCCUACAGUGGAGGCAUAUAUGGUAACACAGCAAUCUUCUAAGCAAUUAAGUGACUUAGUGUUCUGGCAACAAUUUCUGCUUGAGGAGUGGAGGGCCCUAUUCCUCUCUCCUGAUCCCGAAGCCCGAGUCUCUUCUGGGAAGCCUCAGCUUUGUAGAUGGUUUCCUUCAGCCUUUUCUUUCUCCUUCUUCAUCCUAUCUUCUUUAUCACUCACAUGACUUCCACUAAGAAUUUUACAAUCUGGUCAAAUUCCUCAUGAUGUAUUUUCAUCGUAUUUAGCUUCAUCUCCUACUGCACGGUUACAACGAGAAGUUUUCACCCAGGCUUUUAUUUUGCAUUCAUGGUUGACUAUUACAUGUACACUUCAUCAUUUUUUUCUCUCUUUAUUUCUUGAAGCACAGUUUUAGUAUCAAAAAUCUCCAAAUUCUACUCUUGCUGAAGGCGUAAUUUGAACCGUGCCAAAGAGAGCAAAGUGACAUGCAUUCUGGCCAUCACUCACCCACGUGACCGCAGCCACAGCCGGGGCUGGGUCUGCUUUGGGGGUGUUUCGCGUGUAGAUCUGCCUCUGCUGGAAGUGCUUCUGUGUCCUCUUUUCUCCGUGAGGGCGUAGCCUCAGAAUGCUCCUUAGGUUUUCGCUUUUCUUGGCCUCCAUUUAGAAGCGUGGCUGCAUUUCACGUUCAGGGGCGUGCUCUUCUAAAGGCUGCAUUUCACGUUCAGGGGCGUGCUCUUCUAGAUCGUCUCACGGGCGAUGGUCGCUUUUUGUGUUUUUGACACUGAACCCAAUUUAGAGCCACUUGUGCAUGUCUGCAGCGUUCAUUGGGAUGAGCGGCUGCUCUCUGGCUUUCACACUUCAAAGCCAACCACAUUCCUCAUCUUGAAUCAGCUUUGAGAAACCACAUCUUCGUUGCAUCACGUAACUUUUCUCUGAUCCUGCUGAGCUGGACACGUUUUAUUAAUGGUUCUUGAGUCACUCUUUGUAGACUUGAGCCAGGGGUUCUUUUAUGCAGUUUAGUUGAAACCCGGACCAGUGAUCUCAGAAAUUUUGAGUGGCCCUAAUUCAGUGGCUCAGAAACACAAGGGUGCAGCAGGAGCUCCUGUAUUUAUUUGCUUCUGCUUCAGGGUGUCUGGGCUGGGGCCUGAGAAUCUGCACUUCAGACACAUCACGCUGCUCCUCCAAAGAGCACACUUGAGCACCACUGCCCUUAAAUAUGUGCUGACCAGUAGCCACUAGGCGCAUGUGACUAUUUAAAUAUCAAUUAAGUAAAAUGAAAUAAACAUUUCAAAAGCAGAAUCUCUGUCACACUUGAGAUAUUUCAUGUGCUCAAGAGCCAGUGUGCGUCGUGGCUACCGUAUCGGACAGCACUGAUCUACAGCCUUUCCGUUGUGCCAGAAAGUGGACUGGACGGAGCUGCCCUAGAUUAACUCUGGGCUGAUCCACCCGGCUGUUGGCAGGUUCCUCCUAUGGGCUGAUUCUCUACUCUGUUUGCCCACGAAGACUUGUCCGGUAGUGAGCCACAUACGUUUGGUUUAAGCUUAGCGCAGGGAGUUCCCUCUGGCAAUCGGUCUCUUCCCGUCCACUCCCACCUCCAUCAUCCUAGCCCUUCGCACCUCCUUCCCGCGUAGUUUACCUCCCCCUCCUCUUUCCUCCCCGGCUCCCAAAGAAUCCACGUGUCUUCCUGAAAUCCUUCUUCGGUCCUGCCCUUUAAGAACACCGUUAGUGCCUACUAUUGGGUCUACACAGACCUCCGCUGAGCAGUCAGAGUCUUCCCUGACUCCACAAAGCCCCUUUCCUCGGCUGACCAGUUUGCGCGCUGGUCCCUGACUGUCCCUUGCCGAUCCCUGCCUCCCUGCCCACCCUUAGGUUGUCCCAUCCUCCCUUCACCACCCACCCACCCAACCAUCCAUCCAUCUAUCCAUCCAUCCAUCCAUCCAUCCAUCCAUCCAUCCAUCCAUCCAUCCAUGAUCACUCUCCCCCGCCUGCUCCCAUGCCCCCACUUCCAAGAGGCUGAGGGGCUUGAACUCUCUAGAUUGCAUCAUGGGAUGAAAUGAACAUCACUGAGGAAUCUUGUGGGCACCUUACUUCAAAGGUAUUUUUUUCUGAUUGUAAAAUUAACGUGUUAAUUUUAGAAAAAUUGGAAAAUACAAAUGUAGUAAAAGGUAAGAAAAUGCGUCAGUGUUUUAUACCGAGAGAGUCACUUCAUAUCUUGUCUUUUGGGGGAUGUACAUUUUUUACACUGUUACGAUCAUACCGUGUGCUGUAUCGUGCAAUUUUAUAUUCCUAUUUUUUCACUGUUACAUGUGGUUAUUACAGGUUUUUGCAAAGAUACUUUAUACUGGUGGUAGUAUAUAUUUUAUUGUGUAAUUUCAUCAUAAUUUACUUAAGCUUCUUUCAGUUAUUGGGAAUUUAGUCAGUUUCCAAAUUUUCAGUACUGUAAAUAAUGUUGUGAUGAGCAGCUUUGUGAAUAAAAUAAUUUUGUGUACUUCACAUUACUCCCAUAGGAUGGGCUGUCAGUGCCAAAUUGCCAAAAGCAUCUCGAUUUCAGUCCUUGCCCCACUCUCCUGCUUCCUUAAGGUAGUAAAACUGAAAAUAAAGCAAACAAGCAUACACAGUAUACAAACCUUAAAAACAAACAAAAACCCUAACCCUCAUAAUAAUAGGUGAAAGUGGCAUCCUGUAUGAGCUUUGAAUUCUUUGCUUAUUAAUGACCUUGAUCACUGUUCUCUGUAUGAUUGUUGGGCAUUUGUAUUUCUAGUUGUGUGAAUUUGCCUUUAAAUUUUAGGUUUCGCUUUUAUAAGUAAUCCAACAAAUUGCUCUUUUCCUACGUGAUUUUUUUCCUCUUUUCCUAUUAAACAUGGAGACCCUUGCCAAUCGAGAUUUAAUAAAUAUUCAUAUUCCUUA